AUGAGUUUAGAAUAAAAUUGUAUUAUCAUAUUUGAUGAUAAAGAAGAAAUACCUUUUUAAAGAGAAAUUUAUGAUUAAGAAAGUAAUUAAUAUAUUACUUUUCCACUGUCCUAUGAAAAAGUUGGCUUAGUAAGUUUAAUUUCUAAAAAUCGAUAAUAUUAGCUAAAAAAAUAAAUAAGUUAAAUGAAAAAGGUUCUUGAAUUUGUUAACAAAGGAGAAAAUCUACUUUAAUAAACACUUAAAAUAGAUACAACUUUGAAAAUGGAAGAUUAUUUACCUGAUGUAGUUUUUGGUCCUAAAUCACUCUAAACAAAUAAAGGAGAAGCAGGGUUUUAAAAAAUAUGUUAUUUAGGAGAUUAAUAAAAUAUGGCAUCUCCUUAGAGCCUUAAUUAAGAAAAUGAUAAACCAGGAUCAAAUAUUUCAAUUAUAAUAUAUAAAGGAGAAACUUUUGAAAAUUUAUAGAAAUAAAUGGAUUAGUAUAGAAAGGAAAACACUAAAAUUAAACCAAUUGUAUUGAUUAAUGGAAAAUCAUUAUUUAAAAAGUUAAUGAGAUCAGAUGAGGAAUUAUUUGUUAAUUUUUAUAAAUUAAAUUUCUUGCCCUUUCACAAAAAGUUUUUCACUUCUAAUCAUCAUAGUUUAUAUUUUUAGAUAAAAGAUUAAAUUGGAUAUUAUUUUGUUUUUUCUAGAGAAUUUGAUAAAUUGGAUUUGAUUAAAUGGAUUUAUUAAGGAAUUUUAAGAUUUAUACAACCAAAAUUUGCUGUAAUAGCAUCAAGCAAUGAAAAGUUUGAUUAAUAAAUUAAUAUAUUAUAACUUUUUGCAAUUUUGGAAAAUGAGAAUAAUAAAUAUUUUGGAAUUUAAUGUUUGAAAACAAUUAAUUAUGAAGGAAGUUUUUUGUAUAAUUUUAAAGGGGAUUUUGCAGAUAUAGCUCUAAAAAUAGAUUCAAUGUUUAAAAUUAAAUAAUUUCACGAUCCUCUCUCUUGUAUAUAUAAAUGGUCAGUGAUAGAAGAUGAAAUAGAAACCUAUAUAAAUACUUUAUCAAGAGAAUAUUGUUCAAAUGCUUGGGCAUUAGGAUAUAAUGCAAUAUUGCCUAAACUUAUGAAGGAAAAUCAUAAUUUAGAAUUAAAUAUUCUUACAAGAAAAAUUAGUGAAUAGUAAUUUUCCAAAAAUUAGUUUGAAAUAGUAUUCAAUUAGUUUUGUGAAUUCAAAUAAAAUGUAAAUUAUCAAUUGAGAAAAUGCAGAUUUGGUAAAUUUAAAAAUGUUUUACAAUGGUUUAUAUCAAAAGUCUAAGUACUUCACAAUUAUUUUGGGAUUUCAAUUUGUAAAUUUAUUUCUAAAAAUAAUUUUAGGUUUUUUUUUUUCAUUUUAAUGUCCUUAUUCAAUUCUUUAUAAUUUAUUAGAGAAUUCUGUUGGAUAUACUGCAUUAGCCAUUAUUAUACCAGUUUUUUAUGCUAUAAAUGUUUUGUUAUUCUUGUUGUUAGUAUAGCUCUAUCACUUUAAUGAUAAAAUCAUUGAGAAGGAUUAAACUUAAAAAGUUUCCAUAAUGGCUAAUAAGAGCUCAUAAAAUCUUGAAUUUCAUACUAAAGGAUAAUCUGAAAAAGUUGAUAUAUUAUUGUCUCAAGAUAAAACAGAGUAAAACUAAAUUAUUUGUGAAGUUUAAGAGGAUGAUUAUUUUAAGGAUUCUACUUAUAUUCUUGAUAAUAGAUUAUUAGAAUUACAAUAAUUCUUUUUUAUUUAUAGAUUUCCUUAUUUGAAAUACAUAAGUCAUAAUAUAGCUUUUUUAAUUGACUUUUAAAAUUUUUUAGAUUUAGGAGUAGUAAUUUCAAUUCUUUCUAAUUUAAUUGUUGUACAUGGCUGGAUCUUAAUAAAUGAAAGAACUUUAAAAGAAGGUAUUUUAUUUAUUAUGGUAAUUGUUGUGAUAAUAUUCCAUUUCCUCAACAAAGGAAUAGGAACUUGUAAGAUGAUAUUUUAAUUUUCUAUGUUAACAUAUUUUUGGUAGUUUCUAUAAUUACCUAAAAAGAUAACAUCAUCUGCAUAGAGAAGUGAAUAGAAAAGGAAACUUGGAUCAUAAUUAUUUUUGAAUUUUCUAUUAUUAUAUUCAUUCAUAGCCAUUGAAUCAUACUAUAAUUAUUCUGGAUACAUUUUGAUAGGAGUUUUUGGGUAUCUUUCAGUUAUUUACUUUAUUAUUGGUUCUUUUUAAUAUAUUCAAAAAAAUUGUUAUCAUACAACCCUUCCUUAGUAGUAUUAAUUAUUAAUUUGGGAAGCAUAAAUAGAAGAAGCUGAUUUAAGACUUGAUGUUUAUGAUAAUUAAGAUCCAAAAGAUAUUCUUGUUAAAAAUUUAAGAAAGUUGGUGGCAGAAACUAAUGAAGGAAAAUAACAUUAAUAAUAAUAGUUGUAGUAAACUUAAUAUUUAUAUGAAAAAAAAUUAACAGAUACAAUAAAGUUUCAAUUAAAAAAAAAUAAUUAAAAUAUGAAUGAGUUAGAUAUGAAAAAAAUUGAUCAAAUGAUAGAAGAAUAAAUUCAUAAAUAUAUUGAUGAUUAAAAUAAAUAAGAAUAGGUGAAAUAAGCAUUAGAUUAAUAAGAAAAGUUUAAAUAAGGAUAAAAUUAAUAAGAAUAGUUUGAAUAACGAUAAGAGUAAUCAGGAUAAGAUUAAUAAUUAUAGUUUGAAUAAAAAUAAGAUUAAUAAGAAUAGUUUAAAUAAGGAUAAAAUUAAUAAUAAUAGUUUAAAUAAGGAUAAGAAUAAAAUGAAUAGUUAAAAUAAGAAUAAGAUAAAUAAGAAAAGAUUAAUUAUAAAUAGUCAAAUAUAUCACAAUAGAAUAGUAAAGUUGGGUUACCUUAAUUUGGUCUAUUCAAAUAAGAUUCUUUUUUAUAAAGCUAAAAAAUUGGGGGUUCUUAAAUAGGUUAAGAUAAAAAAUGA